CACACCUGCCCUGCUGAUAGUCCACACAACAUUCUGCAGCUCAACCACAGUCAGCCAUCAAUCUUCGAGUCAGGCUGUGAUUAUCGCGGAGACGGAUCGUGGAUCACUUCGCUCGCUUGUUGCCCACCUUGCGGAAAAUCAUUCCCCCACACGGGCGUCUCGCCUGCCCUUGCAUGCGUAGCGUUGUGCCGGAGUCAUGUCAGCCCCUAUGGAAAUGAAGGCGCAAAAAGUUCGACAGACUACAUAGCCGUCUCUCCUGCAUGACGAGUUUCGAGUUGGGCUCUUGUUCUACAUCACAUUUCUGCCGACAAUCAUGGCGCGAGCAGACCGGUCCGGCGAGUUCACUGGUGUCUUGGGUUUCUUCAUCUGUAUCUGCACCCUGCUGGUACUGCUGCGAGUCUACUGCAAGCUGGUCAUCGUGAAGAACUUCGCCGCCGAUGACUACUUCUCUGUCCUUACCCUGGUAUCCUUCUUGGUCUUUUGUACCCUUGCGUUGCUGGGCAUCCAAAAUGGAACCGGAAAGCGACGAUAUCUCAUUCCGGACGAAAAGUAUCCCAACGGCAUGAAGUGGUGGUGGUCUUGCGAACCUACCUACGUUGCUACGAACAUCUUCCUCAAAUCCAGCAUCGGCAUCUUCCUCCUCCGUAUUGCCGUGGACAGAACUCACCGCAUAAUCCUUUGGGCCGCCCUGAUCAUCAUCCAAGUAUACAGCGUGUACUUCUUCUUCCUCUUCACCUUCCAAUGCUGGCCUGUUUCGUUCUUCUGGGAACAGUUUCGCGGAGGCAAAGGCCAUUGCAUCCCCUCGAAGCUCGUUGUAAACUCCUUCUACGGCUAUUCUGCACUAUCGUGUGCCACCGAUUGGACCUUCAGUAUUGUUCCAAUCUUCAUCGUGCACAAGUUGCAGAUGAAUUCGAAAAAGAAGAUCACCGUGGCUGUGGUACUGGCUUUCUGCGCCAUCGGUUCCACGGCAACAAUCGUCCGCAUUCCCUUCAUACACGGACUCAACGACAUCCCCGACUUCCUCUAUUCCACCAUAGACGUCGCCAUAUGGUCUACUUGCGAAACCGGCAUCGGCCUUGCCACCUCCGCGGCCGCCACUCUCCGCCCCUUGCUCCGCCAGGUGUUCGGCGACAUGUCAACGCAUGACAGCACCUCUCGAAAGCACUCGCGCAUGUGGAACUCGGGCCACCCGUCACGAUCAGGGUACCUGGAAACGUCCAGCAAGCAUGGCGAACACGACAUCCAGCUCACUGACCAAGACUCGAAACACCACAAUGUCCAAGUUGUCGGUGGAGGUGGAUCGAGUCCGAGCGGAAGUACGAUUGGGUUGAACAAAGAUUGGGACCAGGACAAGGACAGUUGGCCGGCCGAUGGGGGUGCGGCGGGCCACAAGGGGAUCAUGAAGACAGUGAAGAUCACACAGCUCUAGAACAGGGCCAUCUUGCGGAAGUGGAAAUAAAAAAAAACUCUCUUUCGAAACGGCCGUGGUAUAGACAUCUAUCACGAUUCUUUCUCCAG